AUGAAAGACCCAUUUAAAACUGUGUUUAUAUCCAGGUUGGACUAUUCACUCACAGAGUUGGACAUAUCAAAGAAUUUCAAUAAGUAUGGAGUGAUUGAGUCUAUAACCAUUGUGAGAGAUAAGAAGCUGGGUAAAUCAAGGGGUUAUGGGUUUGUAGUUUUUGAACGAGACGAGGAUGCCAAAGGCUGUAUUAAGGAAUUGGCCCCUACAGGCUUGAAAAUCCCCACCGGAAACAAACCAUACACUAGAACAAUACUCGUGGAUAUGGAAAGAGGCAGACUUGUAAGAAACUGGAAGCCUAGAAGAUUGGGUGGGGGAUUAGGGGGCAGACAUUACACGAAACCAAAUCCUAAUCUUUCCAAUAAUGCCUCAGCAGCAGCGUCAGGAAGAAGAUUGCAUUUAUCGAGCAAUCCUUAUCAGAGUAACCCGCUGCAGCCAUCCCAUCUGUCUACAAGGUAUGCUCCUAGGCCCAGUGCUCCUCGAACUACGGUUGACAAUCGACAACCUCGUCCGGCAGCGUAUGGUUCGUACAGUCUGGUUGAAAGCAACGAAUCUGUACGUGACAAAUAUGCAAAAUAUUCCAGUAACUAUGAUUCAAACCCUUCUAGUUAUAGUUCUCCGAGAACAUCUGGCCAGAACAGAUCAAUUAGAAGCAUUCGACAACGAGAAUGA